AUGCAGGCUCGCACGGCUUCCUGGACGAACGUAUGCGACGGUAGGGACCAAGCCAGAGGUUCGUCGCCGGUCACGUCAGGUCUGAAGAUCGCAUUGAUAGAGGGGUUGGAUCUCGAGAAAGGAAAGCUGAGGGAUGCUUCGCCGACGCAUUUUGCCAACCGCUGCAGUUCGUUGACGCCGGCGUCGGUGCAGAAUUUGAUAGAAAUGGGAGCAUGGCCCCACAUUGAUCAAUCCCGCGUCCAGCCAUACCAGGAAAUGCAAGUAUGGGAUGGAGUCAGCGAUGCACGCAUCUCGUUCGACUGGGCGGAAGUUAGUCGCCAGCCUGACCAGCCCACGACCAUUGCCUACAUGAUCGAAAACGCCAACCUCACAACCGGUCUACUCAAGCGUCUAACAGAGCUAGGCGGCGUCACUACCUUUUCACCAACGCGUGUUGAAUCCAUUCAAUUGGGCACGGACUCUCCUGACGGCCUGGACAUGAGCUCCUGGCCCGUCGUGACCCUCAGCGACGGCCGCACCCUCGCAGCCCGCCUCCUUGUUGGCGCCGAUGGUGCCAACAGCCCCGUUCGCGCAUUCGCCGGCAUCCAAAGCCGUGGCUGGGACUACGGACGCCACGGCGUAGUUGCAACAUUGACCCUGGAGGGUCCGGGUUGGGGUGGUCUGGAGCACAAAAUCGCAUACCAGCGCUUCCUCCCGACCGGCCCUAUCGCUAUGCUCCCUCUGCCCGGCAACAUGGCCUCGCUUGUCUGGUCCACCGUUCCCGAGCGCGCCGCGCUCCUACGCUCUCUCUCUCCUACUGACUUCACCGCUAUGGUCAAUGCGGCCUUCCGCUUGGCGCCCGCCGACCUCGACUACCUGCACGCCAUUCCUGCCAGCCAAGCCGACGAGGUGGCUUGGCGCCUACCACAUGCUACCCACAACAGCAGCAGUGGUCCCACUGCGCUUCCGAUGACAGUGACGGCAGUGCAGGACAAGAGCGUCGCUGGCUUUCCGCUCAAGCUGCGCCAUGCCGACACGUACAUCGGCGAGCGCGUCGCCCUCGUUGGCGAUGCCGCGCACACCAUCCAUCCGCUCGCAGGACAGGGCCUCAAUCAGGGCCAGGGUGAUGCUGCCAGCCUGGCCCGUGCCGUUGCUCAAGCCGCACAGGCGGGCAUGGACAUUGGUACCCAGCUCGCCCUCGAGCCGUACGUCGCAGAGCGCUACCAGGCCAAUAAUGCGCUCCUGGGCGUUUGCGAUAAGCUACAUAAGCUGUAUAGCGUCGGCACAGGCCCGGUUGUGGGGUUGAGGAGUCUGGGCCUUAGGGCAGUGGAUAAAUUGGGGCCUAUUAAGGGGCUGUUUAUGAGGGCUGCGGCAGGAAAUGGAAAAGUGGUGUCUUAA